UCAGUGGACAACACUAGUUCAUCCAUGGCGGAAUGGUGCUUGGCAUUGUAAAAUGCUGUAAAAGCUAUGUUUUUUAUAAUAACUGUGAAAAUGUGUCACUAAUCAACGUAUUUUCUCUUGUUUUAAUGUUAUAUUUUAGAAAUAUCAAGUUUGGGUUAUGUCUAUUCGGAAAGUACGAAGAACUAAGUGCCAUAGCAACUAUCUUCAAACUCGCCCAUUUCCUUUGUGAUCUAGAUACCUCUUUUUAAAGUGUUGGUUAACAUAGUCAGUGAUAAUUUUAUGGUGUAAUUUGUGAUUUAUUGAACAUUUAAUAAUUUCAAUUCGUUGCGUUGUGAAGUUAUCGUCUUCGAAUGCACAGUAGGAUCAUAGAAAUGCUUUAACCUCAAAGGCGGAAGCGUAUUACUAGCCGCUCGGAUUGUACAACCUUGGAGAUCAAAAUUUUAGUUUACCCUGUUCAUACACUUGCUGAAGAUAAAUUAAAAGUAGAAUUAAAACAAAUAGACGUGUCAAAGUGAAUUGACAAUGAAUUAAUAAUGGUCGAAAUAGGCGCUCCGCAACAAUCAGCUGACGAGAGCUUGGAGAACGCAGAAUGGUAUUGGGGCGACAUCACCCGGGAUGAGGCCACAGAAAAGCUCCGUGACACAUGUGAUGGCACAUAUCUAGUCCGCAAUGCUUCUAAUAAAGACAGUGGAUAUACACUAACGGUUAGGAAAGGCGGCACCAACAAAUUGAUUAAAAUAUACAAUCAAGAUGGCCGUUAUGGAUUCUGUGAGCCCUAUGAGUUCACCUCCGUGGUGGACUUGGUCAGGUUCUACACAGAGUAUUCACUUGGACACUGCAACAACAGUUUGGAUAUUAAACUUAUGUACCCUUUAUCAAGACUACAAGAAAAUGAUGGGGGUGAAAAUGAUGAAACUUUGGAAACAAGAUAUAAAGAGAUACAUAAAGAAUAUGUACUCAAAACUAGGAAUUUUGGAGAAAGAUCUUACAAAUAUAUGAGGCUCAGGGAAGAGGUUAAAUACAAAAGACAAGCCCUCGAUGCCUUCAAAGAAGCUAUCAAAAAAUGUGAGGAACAUUUAAAAUUACAAGAAAAAAUGAUAUCUGAAGCUCAACCUCAUGAAAAGAAUGGUCUUAGUGAAAAUUAUGAUCAAUUAACAUUAAGACUAAACAGCUUGAAACAGGCAAAACUGCAAUUAAAUAGCUUAUUGAGGGAAGCCGUUGAGUACAGCCUGUUACUAGAAAGAGAAACAACUAAACUCAAAUCUGAAGUGAUGCCUCUCUAUAGUACAAAAGAACGUUACAAAGUAUGGUUAAAAAGGCGAGGAAAAACUGAUGAAUAUUUGCAAGCUUUAGAAGACGACAACACACAUAAACAACAUAAAUUAGAAGAGUUAUAUGCCCAUCGAGAAUCAAUAAGUUGGAAAGUUGAGAAAUGUACACGGGAUAUGGCUGAACGUUUACUAGAAGGGAAACCUCAAGGAACCUUUUUGAUUCGCCCUAAUUCUACUGGUCAGCUGGCACUGUCCAUUUGUUGCAAUAACAUGGUUUAUCAUUGCAUUAUAUUUGAGACUGAACGAGGAUAUGGUUUUGCUGAGCCUUACAAUGUUUACAAAACCCUGAAUGAGCUUGUUUUGCAUUAUGCAGUUAACUCAUUAGAAGAGCAUAAUGACCACUUAAAGACAACAUUGAAGUAUCCUGUAAAUGCUCAUUUGGUGAAGAAACCUGAGAAGAAACAGCAAGCAGUAUAGGUAACUAUGCGGGAGUUAAGGUAAAUCAAUACAUGAACACAAAAUGGCAAAAAGAUAUGAUUGAGAGACUUAUUUAAUAAUUAUUUCACAACAAAUUAUUGGGUACAAAUGGCAUACCUUAAUUAAAGUGGGUUGUUUUUAUAAUUAAGUAAAAACAUACCAAUCAUAAAUUAAAUUGUAGUAUGGCCUUAACUCUUCUGCCACAACUAUACCAAUAAGCCAAAAACCAUGAGAAUUUGACAAAAUUGUCAGUAGUUUUGUAAUUAAGUCAUGUAUGUAUAUUUAUAUUUCAGGAAAUACUUGUUUUUGUCCUCUAUUCUGUGAAUAGAUUGACAAUGUGUGAAAUAUUAUUUGUAAACAUGUCCUAAAAUCUCAUGUACCCAAAUAUUUACGUAAAUCUAAACCACUAUGAAAGAGUUAUUGCAUAAAACGCACAAAUAAGUAUACCACCUGCUCCUAAACUAUUGUUUUAGGAAUAAAAAAACAGAAAUAUCAUUUGAAAGUUUUAUAAGAACGUGAACAUCAAGAUCUGUUUCAGCUAAAAUAUUACAAUAUUAUGGCAACGAAAAUAUCAUUUUUAAUGCGUCCAAAAUGCUUACGAUUUCAAUGUUGUAGAUUUUAGUGGAGUCAAUGAUGAUUGAUUUGGUACCUAUUUUAAGAAACCAGAUAUUGACGCCUGCAUAAUGUAUGUGAAUCUUCAGUAUGUAUUUUUAAGACAUGUUUUGAGUGUAUGGAUAGUGUUAGAGAACCUAACGAUGAUAUAAGUACUAGCUAGCUAGUAGGAUAUUGUGAAGUUUUGAAUACCAAAUGCAUUGAAUGUUGUUGGUAUUGUUAUUCAUACUGUCUUUAAUUUUGUUCAUAUAAUUGUGAUAGUAAUGUGAUAAAAUGCAUACACAAUAAUAAUUGUUUUAAAAUAACCCAGUUGUAGUUUGCCUUUAAAAAUUCAAUUUCUUGUUUUUUAUGAAAAGUUUAGUUGGAUAUCUGUUUUUUAGUUUCAAAGUAAUGAAGAUAAACGCCAUUAAAAUGUGAUCUUCCGUAAUUAAUUAUAUUACAUUUAUGUAAAAAUGUUUUGAAAAGGAUUGUGGCCUUGUCGGAUAAAAGAAUUCGAAAGUAAUUUUUAUGUAAGGAACUGAUAAAUUGAAUGAAAUGAAGAAUGAAGAUGGAUGUAUUUGGAGGUUUGAAUUAUGAAUUAAAAUGGAAAAAAAUUAAGAUUUUGCAAUAUUCUUGAAAUGAUGUGAUGGGAAGAACAAGAUUAAAUAAAACCUUGGAUUGUGGUUUGACCAAAACUAUUAUAUUGAAUGCAAACCUAAACACCUUCAUUGGUUUAGUGGCUUAUGUAUAAUAAUGUGUGUGCUAGUAAGUCUGUUACGAACUUUCAGGCAUGAAAAUAUUUUAGUAUAUGUAUGUACAUAAAAAGAGUUUAAUUAAUAUCAUUAUUAUGUUUUUGAUGUCAAGAAAAAUAAGAGAACAUAUUUAUAUUUACAUUAAGAUGAUGUUACUGAAUGCUUUCUCUAAUCUCUAUCUUUCUUUUUACUGUACUUAUGUGCAAUAUUAUAACAUUUGUAACAAUCAAAGUCUUUUGAAUUAAAACUGCUAUACUUGGUUUAUAAUAAGUGUGAAUUGAGACCAAUAAAAAUGCUUCAACAGUUUUAUCAAAAGACUGAUUACACCAUCUCUUUCAUCUCUUUGUUUUGGCACAUUCACAUUAAAACGAGGUAUUCUAAAAUGAAUGUGUUCUUGUCAAUUAAUGAGUUUCGUUUUAUAAGGGUAUGUAUUGAAGAAUGAAGAAUAUAGUAUUGUGAGAUUGCAAUUGUAAUACGUUAGGUAGGAAUAACAAAUUAAACUGAUGGUAUUAUUAACGUCUACCUUGAUAUCAAAUAAGCCUAAGUUAUUAAAUUGAUUGAUAGGAAGUGUAAUGCAGGCUCAAUAUCGAUUGUAUCGAUUGAUUCCUUAGUAGUUCCCACAAUAAAUAAAUAUUUCCCUAAUAGUAUCGUAUUCAUUCAGUACCAUUGAUUGACUUUAAUAGAAAAUAAUAGAAAUAGUAAAAAAAAACGUAUGUAUAUGUAAUCGCAUUUUCAGAAAAUAUUGUUUGUCACCUAAUGGAUAUUAUGUACCUAAUAAUAACCUUUGUGUUGAUUCUGAAAUAAGUAUAAUGCGUAUUCAUGAUACCAUCAUGGAUGCCUUAAUCGCUUUAUGUAAAAAAAACUGAUCUGAGAAAACAUGACCCUUUUUCAUUUUUGUCAUCUUGAAAUUCAAGAAGAAAAAGAAUUGACUUGAUACUUCAAAAAAAUUACGUAAAAUCUUUCUGUAUUUUCUAUUUUCAUUUAAAAUUUAAGGUCAGACACAACACAAUGUCUUCUUCAAAUAGAACGCAUUCUGGACGUCAAAGCGCUCUUGUUUACACUGUAUUAUACUGUUUGACACAGAAUGCGAACUGUAGAUCUCUGAUGCGCUAGAAAGGCUUUCUGUUUGAAGCUUUACAGUCGUUUUACGCAUAAUCUAAUAUAUCUUUCACUCUUACUGUUUUUUGCAAGAUUUUAUAAUUUGUAUACCAUUUCAAAUUAUUACUUUCUAUGUGGACCUAAUCGAUAUUAACUUUGAGAUCUGUUUGCUUUGAUAUAACAAUAAUACACUCCUACCUUCGACAUAUUUGGAUUGAUCCAGCUGUAUAAAAUUACUGUAGUUUGGUUUUGUAUGUCUUUAUAGCUGUAUACGUAUUCUAAAUAUUAAAAUUAUGGUGUAAGUUCUAAGAACAUAUUUAUGAACAGGAACAAUUUAUUUAAGUGAGAUUAUUGAAUCGGAGUUAUUUUUAUAUUCAAUUUGAUAUAAUGUAAUUAUUAUUUUCAGGUAUGAAUGUUUUCGAGUUAAUAACAAUUCAGUUAGGUACUUGAUAUCUUAUGAUCUCAACAAUGGUUUUAAUAUCUAAGCUUAUGCAAUAUUAUGGUUGUUGGAUAUCAAAAGUCAAUAGAAGCCAAAUCUGAAUGCAUAAGUUGAAGAUAAAAGACGAACUGUCGCCAUUUUAUAAAACAGUGUAACAGUAGUAUGUU